GGGGUAAGAGAAAAUCAUUGAUGCAACCCCACAUCCCUUUGCUAAACGAGAGCUUCCUUCAGCACAAGGGAUAGAAGGCGGAGGAAGAGAGAUACAUCUGGAGUAACAAUUUCAGAGGUUGGGACAGUUGGAAGUCUACCAUUGUACAACAUGCUGCGAUUAAGACUCUCACCUACAUUUUCAGUGGGAUUUCAUCUGUUAGCCUUCGUGGCUCUCUUAUUUUCCCAUGUGGACCUUAUAAGUGCUGACACAGAAAUGGAAGGAGAAGGCAAUGAAACUGGCGAGUGUACCGGCUCAUAUUACUGUAAGAAGGGGGUGAUCUUACCCAUUUGGGAGCCCCAAGACCCUUCCUUUGGAGACAAAAUUGCUAGAGCUACCGUGUAUUUCGUGGCCAUGGUCUACAUGUUUCUCGGAGUCUCUAUCAUUGCCGACCGGUUCAUGUCCUCUAUAGAAGUCAUCACGUCUCAAGAAAAAGAAAUAACCAUAAAGAAACCCAAUGGAGAGACCACCAAGACCACUGUGAGGAUCUGGAAUGAGACCGUUUCGAACCUGACCUUGAUGGCCCUGGGAUCUUCUGCUCCAGAGAUUCUCCUUUCGGUAAUUGAAGUGUGUGGCCAUAACUUCACUGCGGGAGACCUAGGUCCCAGCACCAUCGUGGGAAGUGCUGCGUUCAAUAUGUUCAUCAUUAUCGCGCUUUGUGUUUACGUGGUCCCAGAUGGAGAGACGAGGAAGAUUAAGCAUUUGCGUGUGUUCUUUGUGACAGCAGCCUGGAGCAUCUUUGCCUAUACUUGGCUUUACAUUAUUUUGUCUGUCAUCUCUCCUGGGGUCGUGGAGGUGUGGGAAGGUUUGCUUACUUUCUUCUUCUUUCCCAUCUGUGUUGUGUUCGCUUGGGUAGCAGAUAGGAGGCUUCUGUUUUACAAGUAUGUCUACAAGAGGUAUCGGGCUGGCAAGCAGAGGGGAAUGAUUAUUGAACAUGAAGGAGACAGGCCAUCUUCCAAGACUGAAAUUGAAAUGGAUGGGAAAGUGGUCAAUUCCCACGUUGACAAUUUCUUAGAUGGUGCCCUGGUUCUGGAGGUUGACGAGAGGGACCAAGAUGAUGAAGAGGCCAGGCGAGAAAUGGCUAGGAUUCUGAAGGAGCUCAAGCAGAAACAUCCGGAGAAAGAAAUAGAGCAAUUAAUAGAAUUAGCUAACUACCAAGUCCUAAGUCAGCAGCAAAAAAGUCGAGCAUUUUACCGCAUCCAAGCUACUCGCCUGAUGACUGGAGCUGGCAACAUUUUAAAGAGGCAUGCAGCUGACCAGGCAAGGAAGGCAGUCAGCAUGCAUGAGGUCAACACUGAAGUGGCUGAAAAUGACCCUGUUAGUAAGAUCUUCUUUGAACAAGGGACAUACCAGUGUCUGGAGAACUGUGGUACUGUAGCCCUGACCAUUCUCCGCAGAGGUGGUGAUUUGACCAACACUGUGUUUGUUGACUUCAGAACAGAAGAUGGCACAGCCAAUGCUGGGUCUGAUUACGAAUUUACCGAAGGAACUGUGGUCUUUAAGCCUGGUGAGACCCAGAAGGAAAUCAGAGUUGGCAUCAUUGAUGACGAUAUCUUUGAGGAGGAUGAAAAUUUCCUUGUGCAUCUGAGCAACGUUAAAGUAUCUUCCGAAGCCUCAGAAGAUGGCAUCCUGGAAGCCAAUCAUGUUUCUACACUCGCUUGCCUCGGCUCUCCCUCCACUGCCACUGUGACUAUCUUUGAUGAUGACCACGCUGGCAUCUUUACUUUUGAGGAACCUGUGACUCAUGUGAGCGAGAGCAUUGGCAUUAUGGAGGUGAAGGUAUUGAGAACAUCUGGAGCUCGAGGAAAUGUUAUCGUUCCCUAUAAAACCAUCGAAGGGACUGCCAGAGGUGGUGGGGAGGACUUUGAGGACACUUGCGGAGAGCUCGAGUUCCAGAACGACGAAAUUGUCAAAACAAUAUCAGUCAAGGUAAUUGAUGAUGAGGAGUAUGAGAAAAACAAGACCUUCUUCCUUGAGAUUGGAGAGCCCCGCCUGGUGGAGAUGAGUGAGAAGAAAGCCCUGUUACUGAAUGAGCUUGGUGGCUUCACAAUAACAGGAAAAUACCUGUACGGCCAGCCUGUCUUCCGGAAAGUUCAUGCUAGAGAACAUCCGAUCCCUUCUACUGUAAUCACCAUUGCAGAGGAAUGUGAUGACAAGCAGCCGCUGACCAGCAAAGAGGAAGAGGAGAGGCGCAUUGCAGAAAUGGGGCGCCCCAUUCUGGGAGAACACACCAAGCUGGAAGUGAUCAUUGAAGAAUCCUACGAAUUCAAGAGUACCGUGGACAAACUUAUUAAGAAGACAAACUUAGCCCUUGUGGUUGGGACAAACAGCUGGAGAGAGCAGUUUAUCGAAGCCAUCACUGUCAGCGCUGGGGAAGAUGACGACGAUGAUGAAUGUGGGGAGGAGAAGCUACCCUCCUGUUUCGAUUAUGUGAUGCAUUUCCUGACUGUGUUCUGGAAGGUCCUCUUCGCCUUCGUCCCCCCUACAGAAUACUGGAACGGCUGGGCCUGUUUCAUUGUCUCCAUCCUCAUGAUCGGCAUACUGACAGCUUUCAUUGGAGACCUGGCUUCCCACUUCGGAUGCACCAUUGGCCUGAAAGAUUCUGUGACUGCGGUAGUGUUCGUCGCGCUUGGAACUUCGGUACCAGAUACGUUUGCAAGCAAAGUGGCCGCCACCCAGGACCAGUACGCAGAUGCAUCCAUAGGUAACGUCACUGGCAGCAACGCGGUGAACGUCUUCCUGGGAAUCGGCGUGGCCUGGUCCAUCGCUGCCAUCUACCACGCAGCCAACGGGGAACAGUUCAAAGUGUCCCCUGGCACGCUAGCUUUCUCUGUCACUCUCUUCACCAUUUUUGCUUUCAUCAAUGUGGGGGUGCUGCUGUAUCGGCGAAGGCCGGAGAUCGGAGGUGAGCUGGGUGGGCCCCGGACUGCCAAGCUCCUCACAUCCUGCCUCUUCGUGCUCCUAUGGCUCUUGUACAUUUUCUUCUCCUCCCUGGAGGCCUACUGCCACAUAAAAGGCUUCUAAAGGAACAAUC